AUGUACCUAGGCGUUGCCUCCAGACCAGACGUCUUCACCUUGACAUUAACCUUGCCAUGGACAAUAAUUCACGUGAGUGCCUUACUGCCAGAUAAUCGUCCUAGAAACGUUUUUCAAGAGGUCCUUUUCAGGGAAGAUGGUCCGCAAACUGCGGCAGGAGACAUUACAGUAGCUGAGGUUGGAGAAAGGAGAAGCCGUGAUGCAAGGAUUUUCCUUGAUCUUGACUGGAGUCCACUCUCGCUCGCUGAGCCGUGA